UCUACAUCUAGAGUCUGCAAAUAGCCAUUAAAACAAGAGGAGAAUAAGCAAGUGAAGUGAGUUGCUUUUAUUCGCGUUCCAUCGGAUUUGUUUUUGUUUUAUACUUGGGUAAAAUGUCAAGACUAGAUAAGUUACAUUCCAACCUGAUGAAGCGAAUGUCAAUUGUCAUUCGUGAUAUUUGGGUGGAGGUGGAAGCAACGGUGAAGGACUAUCAAAAGGAAGCAGCCCAAACACGAUCAGAAAACGCGAGACUGAAACAACAGCUCAAGGAUGUGCUGAGCAGGAAUCAGGCACAUUUAAACGGAGUCCACUAUGUCCCUCCUGAUGAAGUCUCACCCACAGAGUUACCAGCAUGUGGAUAUGGGUCCCCAGCUGAAUCAGAAGACCCAGAAGAUCAGCAAAUGGAGGGCGGUGCCCAGAGUGAAGAUUCACCUAGUGAACUGAAGACGGAGGCAGAGGAUAGAGAGCUAGUGUAUCAAAAAGAUGUCUCGACUGCAGGUGAACAACGACUCUUCCCUCAGUUCGACAGCUCGAGUACGGAUGAGAUGUGGAACAGGAAUGUGCCCACUGCGGCAACACCAAGGGUCAAGAUUGAGCCCGAGGACACCAUCAUCACAAUAACAUCUUCGGUUACUACCACCCCUGCCCAUGCCGGUCAAUGUCAAGACCAGAUGAGAACAGCCAGUGACACUUCAACCAUGUCGAGGAGACCACAGCGAAAGGAGCACCAUCGCUCACGAUACACCAAACCUAGAAGAGCAUUUACAAAAGAUCACGAUCAUGUAGGGCCAUAUAAGUGUAACAAAUGUGGAAGACUGUUAAAGGACUUGGCAAAGCUGCAACUGCACAAGAAAUUGCAUGAAAGAUCCUUCAUCUGUCACUGGUGUGGCAGAAAUUUCUCUAAGUUUGACUACCUUAGGAUGCAUAUGCGCACACACACCGGAGAACGGCCUUACCGCUGCAAUUGGUGCUCAAAGACCUUCAGCCAGAGCGGGAACAUGAGGAGACAUGAGCGCACGUGCCGGAGUUUCAAUGAAGAACCAGCGUCGCACGCACUAGAAGAUCAACAGCUGCCCGCCGAGUGACCAGUUGUUGCCAGAUCGCUGCAGGCACACCUCAAGAAAAAACCUGUUAUUGUGAUAGAGAGCUGAAACUCGAUUGUCAUUACAUAUAAUGGGAUAUUUAUUGUUUUAUCACGUAUAUUAUAAGCUUCCAUGUUACAGAAAAUACAGAAGGCCGAUAUACUGUUUGACCAACAUUUCUAUGACUUUUUCAGGCAGUAUGUGUGGACAAAUGUCCCCAGUAAGCCAAAAAACAUUAUGAGAAUGAACGUUUGCCCCUUUGAGGAAGACCACUUUGUGUUCCAUACUGAGUAACGUGACUUACCAUACUUCCAGAUUGAUGUUUUAAUAUAAUAAAUACUCCACAGAGAGCAGUAUCUAGCCAAUGAAAUAUUUUUAGGCAGUGUGUAACUAUAAAAAAUGUAUAUUCACUAUAGGAAGGAAUGACUUUCAUUACUUAUUUUAUUAAUUCCAGUAUAUUUCCAGGACUACACAUGACAAUUUGAAAAUUCCAGGUGUUUGGUGACUGUAGGAAUUACAGAGAAAAUCUAAAAGCAGUAUAUUAGGAUAUGAAUCAAUGUGGUAGACUGAAUGGCAAGAUUUACUUAAACUGCAAAAUUGAAGAAAAUCAUGUAAGUUGAGAAUAUGUAUCUUAUGACUGUAAAAUGAGGAACUUUGUCGUAUGUAACAACAAACACCUGAAUAAACUAGAUUCAAUUUAAUUUGACAUCAGUAAAUGUAUGUAUCAGAGGAAAAUGUUUUUGUGGCCAUUGUGAAGUUACUGUAUGUGUGUGUACGUAUGCAUACCUAGGGAUGCUCAGUUUUGCCUUAUAUUAAAAAUAUUUUACAACCUUGUUAUUUAAUAGAUA